AUGAGCUCUGGACAAGCCAAUCUGAUUUUUCCUGCCUAUUCUCUGAAGUAUUCACUUUCUGGACACUCCCAGUCCAUUUCUUCUGUAAAGUUUUCUCCGGACGGAAAUUACCUAGGCACCGCGUCCUUGGACAAAACGGUCAAAAUAUGGAGGGUCUCUGAUGGUCGAUUGGAGAAGACCCUUGAGGGCCAUUCUGGCGGUAUUUCGGACAUUGCUUGGUCUAACGAUUCAAAGCUGAUUUGUUCGGCAUCGGACGAUACCACGUUGAUUCUAUGGAAUGUUGAAAAGGGGAAGAAGCAAAAAACCCUUGCCCAGCACAUGCAUUAUGUAUUCUGCUGCUCUAUGUCAGUCGAUGUGUCCUCAGAUUUCAUCGCAUCUGGUUCGUACGACCAUUCUGUUGUGAUAUGGAACACAAAGUCUGGUAAAGGUGUCCGAACUUUGCUAGGACAUACAAGCCCGGUGUCUUGCGUGCAUUUCCAUCGAGAUGGAUCUCUUUUAGCUACGUCUGGAUUUGACGGGGCUAUUCACUUAUGGCUUUUUAAGACAGGCGAGCUGGUUCUUACGCUUCCAUCUCCUCCUCCUCUAAAUCCGCCCUCAGAACAGACGGUUUUGGCAGAUGCUGAACCUGACUCUGAGAUUUCCAAUAAGCCCAUUGUAUCUCACAUUAAAUUCUCCCCAAACGGAAAAUAUCUUCUAGCAAGUACCCUUGAUUCAACACUGAGGCUAUGGAACCCAUCUUCUGGCACAUGCCUUAAGACAUAUCGGGGUCAUAAGAAUGACACCUAUUGCUGCUUUGCUGCUUUUUCCGUGACAUCUGGCAAAUGGAUUGUCUCUGGCAGUGAGGACGGCUUCAUUUAUCUGUGGGAUCUACAGGGUCAUGUAGGUGUUGUUCAAAAAAUUAAAGCGCAUCAAGGUCAAGACGAAAUUCACGGGCAAACAAACAUCCGCUCAUCCGCUCAAAAGGCAAUAAAGAACAGCCUAAUUGAGAGGUAUGGAUCUGACCCCGAUGUCAAAGCCAUGCUUGAGGAUACAUUUUCCGCCAAAAAGACCCCCUUUACGCUCCUUAAAUGGGGAACGAUGCCUCAUCUUUUGUCAGGGGCUGAUCUUAUGAUCCCUGGAAUCGUAAAUAAGGACUCCCUGUCUCCGUUGGAGGAGGGCGAUUAUGUUUCGCUUUACCUUGUCGGAAAGGAAUCCUCUUUUUGCAUUGCCAGGGCCGCAAUGUCUAGCAAGCAAAUUGCAGAAAAUAGCAAAGGGAGGGCAUUUAUAACCCUUCAUUAUUUGGGGGAUUCGCUGUGGAACUUCCAAAAUUAG